AUGGACAAGAUGAGCCCUGAUGCCGUCGUGGCUGCCGUCCUGUUCCUGCUGGUGGCCGUCCGCGUCGCCGGCGUCACUUUCCCCCUCGACUCCGACGACGCUGCAGCAGCAGCACCCGCGGCCGCCCUCCUCGACUGCCCGCCCUCUCCCUGCGCCCCCUGUCGCCCGUGCGCGCCGGAGCCGCCGUGUGUCAACGGCCAGCGGCAGCCUCCGGCCGCUGAUCGGGCGGUCUCCGUGCGGCUGCGCCGCGUGCCGGCCGCCCGCCGUUCAACCCGGAAAACCCUAGCCGCCGCCGCCAAGACCUCGCCCCGGCUGAGCACUCCACCCCCGCCGCCGCCGGAGGAAGCCGUCUCACGGCCGACGGCGCCGCCGUGCUGCAGCGGCCUCGCUGGCUUCGGCGCCGACGCGCGCCACUGA